AUGAUCGCCUGUCCAAAUGACGCGAGACUCUUCGAUUUCAACGACAACACCACUCAAGAGAUCAUCGCCAAUUUGAAAGUCUUUCAGAGAUUCUACGCUCCAAUCCACGGUUAUGUGUGCGUGGCGCUAUGCGUCUUCGGCAUUCUCACCAAUCUCGUCCAUGUCGCCGUGCUGAGCAGGCCCUCAAUGCGAUCAUCGGCUGUGAAUUGUCUCCUCACCGCCGUUGCUGUCUGCGAUCUCGGCACAAUGGGCACAUAUCUCAUCUAUAUUGUGCACUUCGUUGUAUUCCGCCAUGAUAAAUGCAACCCAACUUUCACUCAUGGUUGGAUGCAAUUCUUGCUAUGGCAUGUCGUCCUCUCAAUCACUCUCCAUUCGACUUCACUUUGGUUGGCAGUAGCGAUGGCUUUCGUGCGCAGGAUGACGCUCAGAGUGGCACGGUUGAAUAGCAAAUGGCAACGCCCAGGCAUCGCUUGGAAAGUCUCUCUCGUCGUUUACGCGUCUGUUUUCCUGCUUUGCGCCCCAAAUAUGCUUGUGCACGAUAUUGCAGAAUACACACAUGCCGUUUGGCGACCAUCGCAAAAUUGCAAUUAUCCAGUGAAUUACACUGAGAAAAUCUACACAUUUUCGAUCUCUCGCGUUGCCACAGCGAACAAUUGCCGAAUUUUCAAGGCAAAUAUUUGGAUGAUUGGAAUCGUUUUCAAGGUUAUCCCGUGCAUUCUUCUCUUGUUUCUUUCAAUUGGAUUGAUGAUGAAGCUGAGAGAUGCUGAGCGAAAUCGACGAAAGUUAACGAGUUGCAGCAGCAAUUCUUCAUAUGCAACGAGUAAACAAUCCACGAAAACCGAUCGAACAACGCUGAUGUUGGUGGUGAUCCUAAUCGUCUUUCUGAUCACUGAACUCCCGCAAGGAAUCAUCUCAAUCCUUUGUGCCAUUUAUACAGCCGAUGUCCACAAUUAUCUCUACUACUAUUUGGGUGAUGUACUCGAUUUGUUAUCCCUUCUCAACUCUUCCGUCAACUUUGUUCUUUACUGUAUCAUGUCGUCAAGAUAUCGUAAGACUUUCUGGACGGUUGUCCUCCCUUCUUCCAUUUACAAACGAAUGUGGCAAAAUCGGAACGCGUCACAGACGUUCAAUAUGGUUUCGCGAAAAGCCAGCCGAAAAAGUGUUCUCAGUCCGGAAAGACAAAACCGUGACUACACUCUUUUACCGACCACAGAGUUGCAAUGUCCAUCGACGCCUGGCUCACUCCGAUCGAAUACUGAUUCGUCUAGUUCUCCAAAAAUCGAGCACUUA